CUUUAAAGUCACCAUUUUUUUAUCUUUUUAUUAUAAUUAUUCCUCUUAAUUUAAAACAAUAAUGAAGUGUUAAUACAGAUGUUUAGUAAAGGAUCAGUAUCAUUAGAAGAAGAAAUAGAGUCGGUACCGGUAGUGUCCGGUCAGUUGAGAAAUCAAACUUCUAAUUCAAGUAUCAAACUAUUAACUUUAAACACAUGGGGUCUUAAAUUCCUUUCAAAAUAUAGAAGACAAAGAAUAGAAGCAAUAGCAAAGAAACUAUGUGAAGAAGAAUAUGAUAUAGUGGCCUUACAAGAAUUAUGGUGUAAAGAUGAUUGGAUUCAUAUUAGUAAAACUUGUAAAGCAAUUUAUCCUUAUAAUAGAGUAUUUAAAUCAGGUAUAGUAGGUGGUCCAGGUUUAGCCAUUUUAUCAAAGAUACCUAUUGAUCAAACUUUUUUAUAUAGAUUUCCAAUUAAUGGUCGUCCCUCAGCAUUUUUUAGAGGUGAUUGGUAUGUUGGUAAAAGUAUUGCUGUCACAAUUUUAAAAGCUCAUUCAAAAGAUGCUUUACCAAUAGCUAUAUUGAAUAGUCAUAUGCAUGCUCCUUAUUCUAAAAAUGGAGAUGCAAGUUAUUCAACUCAUAGAGCAGUUCAAGCUUGGGAUUUUACUAGGUUGGUUAAUAUUUUAAGAAAAGCAGGAUAUGCUGUAAUUCAAGUAGGUGAUUUAAAUUCAAGACCAAAUUCAUUACCUCAUAAAUUAUUUACAAUAGAGGGUCAACUUGCUGACUCUUGGGAAUUAUUAAAUCCAGAUUUACCUAGAAUAGAUAAAUUAAGUCCUCAUGAUCAAAUCCAUGUGGGUGGUGUAACUUGUAAUUCAAGAUUAAAUACUUACAGGUCAAAUUCAAAAUUAGAAGAUGCUUGUCGCUUGGAUUAUGCAUUAAUUGAUAAGAACACCAUCACUCCUUUAAAUGCUUCUGUUAAGUUUACUGAGAAAUUACCACCUCCAUUAAAUUGUUCUUAUUCCGAUCAUUUUGGUUAUAUGGUAGAAUUAUUAAUAUCCUCAAAAAAUUCACAUUCUUCAGUCAUUGAUCCUUUAGAAAAGAUUAAUGUCUAUCAAGAAUUGUUAGUUGAAAUCGGCGAUUAUAGAAAAUAUACCAUUCCUUUUCAAGCAAAUUGGAGAAAGAUGCAUUUCUUUGGAUCUAUUAUCUUUACAAUCUUAUUUUAUUUCUUAAUGGGAUUUGUUAAUAGAAGCAAUGCAGGUUUGGAAAUAUUGUAUAUGUUAUUGAGUAACUUAAUAUUAGUUAGUGGAGUUAUCAAUGGUAUGAUAUGGUAUUUUGGUGUUAGAUCGGAAUCAAGAGCCUUACAAGAAGUUGAAAUGGAAGUUGAAGACGCCUAUUUCUCCCUUAAAGAUGAAAUAACUGCAUCUUCUUCCUCAGCCUUUUAAAGUCCUUUUUUUUUAUUUACCAGUGUAUUCAAUUAAUGGUGUUUGUAUUUUCAUUUGUCGGUUUUCAAAAUCAUCAGUUUUUGGUGUAUUGUUUCAUUAUUUGCAUAAUAUUGUUCUUCCCGCUUCCCCAUAUAAUUAAUAUCUGUAGAGAUGCCUUCCAAUUGGGUGAGUAAGCGUGAAGUCAGUAUCCUAGUUUAUUUAUUAGAGAUAACCAUUUAUAUAACUAAUUCUUAAUUAAUAAUUAAUAUCUUAAGCUUGGCGAUGUAGAUUUGAGAAAUGAUGACAUUUCCAAA